AGCAGUCCAAAGUGUAUACUUAACAGCUUAUUGUUUACAUAGGUUAGCAAUUGUCAAGUAUCCAAGUGCGUAUGUAAGUGUGUACGAGAACUGAAGUCCGUUUUUUUUCACCAGGCAUCGAUUUUUAUUAAACCACACGCUUUUAAUAUUAAUUAAUAUGUUUACUGUUAGUUAUGGUUUUUCAUCUAUUUCACACUAGCUUAGGCCAAUUGAACUGACGAAAAAUAUUUUAAUCUGAACGUUAGUAUUUAUAGAGUGCGUUCCUAUGGUGUUUUUCUCCUAUCGUUUGUUUGGUAAAUCAAUUCAUUCAUUGGGGCAAAAAAAAGAUAAAUGGAUAGAUACUAAAUACUGUAUGCAUGCAUUGGUUAUCCGAGCUUUUUAUGUGACCCUGUGAUCGACCUAUCGUGUGUGUGUAAGUCUUGCCUCCUCUGUGGCCAUAACACUAUUGUGAGUGUGUUUGUAUAUGUCUGGAUUUUAUCAGUCAUGUAGUCAAUCAGUAGUAGUGGUUCACUAAAACUGUGCCUUUCACAUUUUUGGAUGCGUUUUUAUUGCAUGUCUUACUUCUGGAUCGAUUAUAUUCGAUUUUUAUUUUUACAUUUACGUUCUUAUUUUAUUCAACAAAACGUGGAGGUGUAUCGUUAUUUAUUGUCGCAUAUAGUUUGCUGUUACGUGAAAAUAUUCUGUAUAAUUUAAAAAUGCUCUUUGACGGAAUAGUUUCUAUAAUCACUAUCUCACUACAAUUACUAACUGGACCUUUAAAAUCAAGUCGGGGCAUUUAAUUACGGUUUCAGUAGAUGAUCUAUAUUCAAUAUAAAAUCUAGUGUAUAUUGGAUACUAUUUAAUCAGACGUUUUUAUGCGGAUUUCACAUUUACAUUUCAUUUGAAGCAUUAUCAUGCCUGUUCUAGUCGGAACACCUAGUUUGAUCCUUAUUUCACGUGUUCAAGUUUAUCAGACGUGUUCUGUUGAUCUGGCAUGGCAACGUGCAGUUCAUGCUUGUCAGCGUUGUCCUAAAGCCACGUUAACCACAAAUGCUGUUACACCUUUAAUAAGUCCGUCUGGUGGCGAUCGUGCAACCUCUAGGUUCUGUCCUGCAGGUGUGCACAUGAGUCAUUGUGUCCCAGCGUCGGAGAUAUUUGGUGCUACUAGUAAGUCUGUUACUACUGGUGCUCAUUCUGUUCUGACCAAUAGUGAUACUCAUGGAUCAGUAUCUCCUGCUCAUUUAUCUUGGGGACCACCAGAUUUACCACUUCCUGCAGCUAGUCCUAAUCACCCUGUACAUGCCGCUCAUAUCGCUAGAUCUUCAUAUCCUCCUGCUUCAUCUCCAACUUCUUCAACCUCAUCUACUCCUUCAGUCAAAACAACCACAUCUACAACUGUUCAUCAUUUUCACCCUGUACACCGUUCAAAACCAUUGGAUUCUAAAUUUGGACUGGUUGAAAAGAUUAGUAGUACGGCAUCUGCAACUAUUACUCCGACUUCAACUAUUUCUCCAUCUUCAACCACCACUGAUAUAACACCUUCGGUCCUACCAGAUAAGAAUAUUGUCGAAAAACGACUACCAUCAAUUGAUGUUAGCGAAAAAGACAUUGAUUCAGCAAAAUCCGAUAACACUGAAUCCGAUAAACCUCAUUUUAAUUUGUCUAUUCAAGAUACAUUAACAACUAAAUCUCGUAAUGAUAUAAAUGUUUGUGAGAAUAAUUUAUCAUCAUCACAUAAGGAUUCCUUACGAGCUGAAUAUAAUAGUGAAAGCUCCGUUGAACAGCCGCAUAUUGCAAAUAAUGUAGCGUAUGAAAAUAAAUCCAAACAAGAGAAUGGAGUAAUAACUAUUUGUUCAAAAGUUACACCAAACUCUGAAAAUCAACUAAGUGUAGAUAAUGAAACAAAACAUUCAUCCCAGACUACUAAUAUCACUGCUACGAAUAAAUUUUCAAAUCAUGAUGCAGACAUUGACGAUGUAAGCAGAAUUAAAACAAAUAAAACAACUCUACGAACAAAUGAUCGAAUUGGAUCAAAACAACACACUCCUACGGUUGCUUCAACACCUGCUGAAAGUAAUAAGCCAGAUGUUGAUGUAGUCGCACAUCAACAAUCUCAUGAUAAUCAACAUGAAGUUAAUAGACACCAUCGUAUUCAUUCCUCACAAUCAAAAAGUCUUGUUAAUUCUGACGGUAUUCUUGAAGAUGUCACAUCUUCAAUAAGUAAGGUAAAUGUACCUAGUCAUACUGACUCUACUCAUUCAUCGUCUAUGGAUUCUACUUCCUGUGUUCAAAACAAAGGAUUUGCUAUUCCUUCUUCUCCAACUCGAAUACAUAAAGCAUUACCAGCAUUUCAUUUCCCACUUGGAACUACUCGGAUGUCUAAUGAGGAUAUUAACACAGAAUUAGAACGUGUUAAACAAGAACUUAACCAAUUUAUUGAUUCCUCACUAGAUUCCGGGAAAUAUUCUGAUCCGUUAAUUCCUCAUUCAUGUUUUGGACAAGUUGCAAAGGUGCUUAAUUGUCCACUUUAUUGGAAACAUGCAAUUUAUAUGAAUGCUGGCGGUACACCAGAUCGACAACCAAUCACCUUGUCAAACUUAUUGAAAUCAUGGUCUCAUACACUGAAUACUUGUCCAGAUGAAGCUUCGAAAUUUGUUCAUCUACUUACACGUGGACGAGCAACCUUUUUAGUACAGUCUGAUUUUAAUACACUCAUACAAGACAUUUUAGAGAGUCAUCCUGGCUUAGCGUUUUUAGAAGCAGCGAAAGAUUUUCAUUCCCGUUAUGUGGCAACUGUUGUAGCACGUAUCUUCUUCAAUGUGAAUAUUUCAUGGUCUGGUCGUAUUUCUUUAGGUGAAUUAAGACGAAGUAAUUUUCUUCCUGUAUUAGCCAGUCUUGAAAAUGAAGAUGAUAUUAAUUUGGUGACACAAUAUUUUUCAUAUGAACAUUUCUAUGUUAUUUAUUGUAAAUUCUGGGAGCUAGACGAAGAUCAUGAUUUGAUCAUCAGCCGAAGUGAUUUAGCACGACACAAUAACUAUGCUAUCUCAGAACGUAUGAUAGAUCGAAUAUUUAGUGGAGCUGUAACAAGAGGAACAGCUUUUAAAGAAGGUGUUAUGACUUAUCCAGAUUUUGUUUGGUUUCUAUUGGCUGAAGAAGAUAAACAUCAUCCUCGGAGCAUUGAAUAUUGGUUUCGAUGUAUGGAUCUAGACGGUGAUGGUCUGUUGUCAAUGUAUGAAUUAGAAUAUUUCUAUUCGGAACAAUUAGCUCGAAUGGAAGAAAUGGGGAUUGAACCUAUAUCAUUUGAAGAUUGUUUAUGUCAAUGUUUGGAUAUGGUGAAGCCAGCACUUACCGAUAAGAUUCGACUAUCAGAUAUGAAGCAAUGUCGUCUAUGUCAUAUAUUUUUUGAUACAUUCUUUAACUUACCAAAAUAUUUGCAACACGAACAACGUGAUCCAUUUGCUAAUUUACGUGAUAUUGAAGAAGGGCUCAAUGAACUAUCCGACUGGGAUCGUUAUGCAGCUGAAACCUAUGAAAUGUUAGUCAAUGUUGAAGGUGGCGGUAAUCCAGAUGAUGGAGUUGAUGAUGAUGAAGACGAUGACGAAGAAGAGGAUGAAGAAGAAGAUCAAGGUGGAACAGUAGAUGAUGAAGAAACUGUAAGUAAUCAAUUACAGAAAAAUAACGACAGUAACAAUGUAACUUCUCCCACCGCCAAUGUUAUUUCAUUAGUAAAUAAAAAUGAUAAAAUCAAUCGAAAAGAUAAUGUUGGAUCAUGUGGAUUGGCUAAUAAACUCGAAUCAAUCAAUAAUAGUGAAUUGAUCAAAUUGGAAUCAACUGUUGGAGCUGGGGAGUGAGUGAGCCGUCUACAUUUAAAAGUUAAAGUUGGGGAAUUGCAAUUGAUAAUAAAUACAAGAAAACCAGCAUUUGUGUAGGAAGUCGGGAUAUAUCACCACAUCAAUUGAAUUUCCACCCGAUCUUAUCAACCAGCAAAUAAUUUUUAAUAACCGAGUGGCAAGUAAAUAUUUGUGUACAAUUGAAGGUCGGGGGUUGUUCCACUCGAUUUUUUCUCAUUUUGUAUAAAAAAGCAUACACAUUAACUUUUUCCAUCGUUUAAUAUGUUUUCCACAUUCAGUACCUAAUUGUUUCUUUUUUGGUUAUUAUUGACUAUCAUUUUCGGUUGGUUUCAUAGCAUGCUCAAUUUCUUUAAGAUAUUUUAAUCUCUACAGUCCUAUACAUCUUACUGUAGGUUUUUUGUCUGUGAUAACAAUUUCAUUUUCAAGGACAGUUUAAUUUCUUUCAACGCUGAUUUAAGAUAUUUAAUGGGUAUUAUAUGUCAAUCAAUUUAAGAUUGUCAACAAAUUCUUUCAGUUCUCUUAAUUAAAAACAUUUCAUUUACAUUCGACUUUAGUGAUCAGAUUGUCUUCGACUUUCUAUCGUUUAAGAUUUUUAAAUUUGUGUGUACUUAUUCUUAAUGAUUGUGUGUAUGAACGUUUAAGAAAUCCAAACUAGAGGUGACGAAAAUGUUUUAUCACGUUUACAUCUGACGCUGAUUCUGUAACAACAACAGCGACUGGGAAAAUAACAGGGUUUAUCAUGCUCAUUUUGGUCUUGUAUUUAAAUAAUAUGUAUUCACCACAAUAAUCUACCUGAAGAUUUCAUGAUAUCAUUAACAUCGUGAAUUGUAUUAUUAUCUAAGUUGAACUAAUGUAGAUAAAAAUGACAGUCGUAUUCAGUUCUGCGUGUACAAUAUACAAAUAAACGGACGUAUACCAAUGAAUAUGUUGUAGUAUACAGAUAUUAAACAUCCAACAUUUUUUUUAUAUUACCUUCUUCAACUGUGUUCGCAACACUUACAAUUUCGUCAUCGUUAUUGCUUGAAUAAUUUUGAUGACAUUUGAUCUCUAUUCGAAGUAACUAAUUGCUAUUCGUAAAAAAGUUUAGCCAAAAAGCCCAUACACACAGAAUCAUUUAAAACAUAGAUGUUUGUGCCUUGAAUAGACACUUUGUCUUCCUAAUUGUUUUUUCUCCCAAAAAGCGGAUUCAAGUCUUCCCUUUCAUUUUUUUGCUCGUUACUUGUUUACUGGUCACAAAGCAGACACGUACAUAGUAAAUAAAUCUGAGAAGCUACCUUUUCUGUAUUUUGAAGUAUGUUAACAGAUAUUAUUCGUAUUUACUAUUAUUAUCAUAAGCCCAUGACCCAAUUUUCCUAUCAGACUUCUUCACAAAAUUAUUAAAAUAAUUUCUCAGUGCUUUCAUCUUUGGGAAAGUAAAUAAAAUGAAAGUUUUGUUUACUUAUUUGUUUGUUUUUCUUGACUGGUUGGUUACACUCCUAUUAUUCAUACGGAUGGAUUAUAAAUAAUAUAAUAACGAUGGAGUUUGGCUGUAUAAUAGUUAAUAAUAAACAAAGAGGGAAGGGUACGUAGAAAUUUCAAAGAUUCCCAUUAAGUUCCCAGUGAAGUCACAAGGAAUCAGCGAGAAAUAAAAGGUUGACCGAACGAUUUCUAAGGUAAUAUCUAAGAAAAUAACACCUUACUUUUCUUAAACUUGAUUGCACGAUUGUCAAAUUUUAAUAUUAACUUCAGUGUCCUUACUCGAAUUUUCUCAGACAUCAAGAUCACCUGUGGCCUCAUAUGCACCCGACGAUGAAAUCAUAAACAUUGAUAAAGCUAAGAUUGGUACCAAAAAUAUACACUGGACUGAUUCUGGGCAUGAAAGUCAAGAUGGAAUCCAGCAUAUAGACUUUAAACUAUGGCAUUAAGAUAAAAAGAAUGGGUGUGGUAAUAGCCACUAGAUAAACAUGGAAAGAUAUAGCUGUGAAACGUAACUACUAAAACACAGCAAGGCAGACUAAGUAUGUGGCAUGCUGUACAUAUCCAAAACUGGUUAAUACAAUUGUAACCGAAUAUUGAAUGACUUGAUAGAAAACUGCCAUCUAAGUGGCUAGCAAAAUAAACAAAAAAUAAAAGGAAUAAUAAAUCUCUCAUAUAAAUUCGCCGAUAUCAAUUGAGAUAGAAUGUUUGCAACUGUAAAAAGGGGAGACACUACAUAGAUGAUCGCACUUUAGAUCUAAGACAAUUCUCAAGAAACUAUAUAUUCCCCCUUCAAUUUUUCGUUGGACAUAUAAAACAGUAGGAUAACUUAAAAAAUCAAUCAAAGACGUGUCACACUAAACACGAACGAGACGCUAAGUCAACAGCUACUCCAGAAGCGCUUAAAAUUAUGACAAAAUAAUAACCUGCAUAAAUACCCGUACAAGAGGUGCAGAAAGACAUUACCUGCUAAAAACAAGGCAUAAUGAAUCAUUACUAUGUGGUCUACUGCAGCCAUGCUGAACGGAAACCCAAAGAAAAAUGGGUAUUGCGCCCCGUUAGUUGUGUUAUUUCAAUGUCUCUCCUGGACAGCCAAUCCGACGUGGCUGGAAGGGGCUGAAGUAUACAUAAGAUUACCGAUGUACGAGUAAGCAGCCGAGUGUUUUGCCCCAUGUGCAACCACUUCAAAACAAAUCGUGUAUAGUGUAUUUAGUACAAGCCAGUGAGUAAUUCCUUAAUAGUAUUACUAACACACAUAAAUAAUAUGGCUCAAAGCCAAGUGCAUAAACCUGCAAUGCUUAGAAAACGCAUUUCGAUACAUAUUACACAAGAGGUGUAUGUCUAUACUGAUAAUAUAAACUAGACGAUACAUAAGUGGUCAUUUCACUGAAACAAGAGGAGUGAAACUUCAUAUUCUCCUACGAUUCCAGAGAAAGAUCUAAUUAUUUACCAAAGAAGUAAUUGUAGUUGGCCUUAAAACAGAUUUACUGAUUAAUUAUAUACGAUUAGUUAGCUGUGUAUUGAAUACAUUUUCCAAUUGAAAAUAUUUAGUAGCAUGAAAAAAACUGUUCAUAGUCGAAUGAAAAUUCAUUUGUGAGUGCAUAGAUGACGAAAUUGCCACACUGACAGUUCAUUUUUAUUAUUGUAAUGUGAUAAUGCAAGAUCCCGAAGUACAACACAGAACACCAAUCAAAUCACACUUGAUGGAGGAACUAUGGAAGAGUUGGACACUUUUUCAUACCCGGUCAGCAUAAUCGAUGAACAAGAAAGAGGAAAGGAUUGACAAAGUAAGGAGCAAAGAACACACUGCUCCGAGAAUUGAAAGCAGAUAUCAAAAGGAUGAAUAGCAACUGG